GAUGGCGGUGCAGGAAUCAGCCGCUCAACUCUCCAUGGCACUGAAGGUCCAAGAAUAUCCAACUCUAAAGGUACCCUACGAGACACUGAACAAGCGGUUCCGGGCAGCGCAGAAGAACAUUGACCGUGAGACCAGUCACGUGACCAUGGUGGUGGCGGAGCUGGAGAAGACGCUGAGCAGCUUCCCGGUGGUGGACUCAGUGGUGUCUCUGCUGGAUGGGGUGGUGGAGAAGCUCAGUGCACUCAAGAGGAAGGCUGCAGAGUCGAUCCAGGCAGAGGAUGAGAGCGCCAAGCUUUGCAAGCGGCGCAUCGAGCAUCUGAAGGAGCACAGCAGCGACCAGCCGGCAGCUGCCAGUGUGUGGAAAAGAAAGCGCAUGGACCGCAUGAUGGUGGAGCACCUGUUGCGCUGUGGCUACUACAACACUGCCGUCAAACUGGCCCGCCAGAGCGGCAUUGAGGAUCUGGUCAAUAUCGAGAUGUUCCUGACCGCUAAGGAGGUCGAGGAGUCUCUGGAGAGACAGGAAACAGCCACCUGCUUGGCCUGGUGCCAUGACAAUAAGUCCCGCCUCCGUAAGAUGAAGAGCUGCCUGGAGUUCAGCCUGAGGAUCCAGGAAUUCAUCGAGCUCAUCCGGCAGAACAAGCGCAUGGAUGCUGUCAGGCACGCAAGGAAGCAUUUCAGCCAGGCCGAGGGCGGGCAGCUGGAUGAGGUUCGGCAAGUGAUGGGCAUGCUGGCGUUCCCUUCUGACACACACAUCUCUCCAUACAAGGAUCUGCUGGAUCCUGCACGCUGGAAGAUGUUGAUCCAGCAGUUCCGCUAUGACAACUACAGACUCCACCAGCUGGGCAACAACUCUGUGUUCACUAUCACCCUCCAGGCAGGCCUGUCAGCCAUUAAGACUCCGCAGUGCUAUAAGGAAGAUGGGACCUCCAAAAACCCCGACUGCCCCGUGUGCAGCAAGUCCCUGAACAAGCUGGCCCAGCCACUGCCCAUGGCCCACUGUGCCAACUCGCGGCUCGUCUGCAAGAUCUCAGGGGAGGUGAUGAACGAGAACAAUCCACCCAUGAUGCUGCCUAAUGGCUAUGUGUAUGGAUACAACUCCCUCCUGUCCAUUCGCCAAGACGACAAGGUGGUCUGCCCUAGAACCAAAGAGGUGUUCAACUUCUCCCAGGCUGAGAAGGUGUACAUCAUGUGAGGUUUGUGGCGGGGCCCCAUUGGUGUGGGACUCUCCGGGGGGUGCAGGUGAAUUACAUGCCCACCUGACCUCACCUGGCCAGAGAGCGUGAAGGCAUACGGAGUCCUCCCCCGCCGGAAAUGGGACGCUGCUCUCAGACAGACUUGUUCCUCAUGACAAGGAGCCAAAAUCACUACGAAAUCCGUCUCCCCCACUCUCCCACCACACCCUGACCCUCCCCUACCAGCACAGAAAACAUGGGAAAGGAAAUUCAGAGGUCUUUGGAUGGGACUGCAGAUUUCUACGAGUGCUAAGGGACUUUGUUUUGUUUUUUUAGCUGUGGCAUUUAUCAGCCUAGUUUAAUUCCAGUAGUGUGGUGCAUAUAACAGGGCUCGUUAUCAUAACUCCAAGUGCUUCUGCCACCUAAUCCAGCUCAGGUCAGACCACAGGCUGGCCUCAUUUGGUGUUGAAACAACAGCACUGUUUGUUUUUUAUCAUAUACAUAGUGGAAAAGACAUAAAAGUUUGAUUUCUCAUUUUUUUAACCUUGUAUUUAGAGGGUGAACCUUUGGCUGGGACUAACCAUUGUUCUUGAAGCCGCAUGUCUUUCAGUACCUACAGUGCCAGCUCCCUCUGUCCACUCUCCCCCAGGAGAUUGGCUGCCUCUAGUCUUUUCAGACACGUUUAGUGUUGGAGUUGUAGAAGACU